AUGUUGAAAAACAGCAUGGUGAAUGCUUCUGCUACAUGUUGCACUGUUGAGCAAGAACUGAAAGAAGAGAAAACUCUGAAUGUCAAUAUUGCUGAGAUUUCUGCAGAAUUGCAAAGGGAGAAACAGAAAAACGCGAAGCUCAUGGAGAGAAUAUCAGUUCUUGAAUCUCACAUACAAGAAAAACACAAAGAUUUCAUCUUCUCGAAUGGAAAUGCCAGUAGUCAAAGUAUAGACGAAAGACAUUUCAGAAAGCUCAAGAGACAAAGAGUAGCACAAUGUAUCGACACUAAUGAGGACAGAACACGAAAAAUGGACUCAGAGGUGAAGGAUCAUACCGAAAUUUUCCUAACGAAAGACGUUCAUACGGAACAUUGCCUAGUGAAUUGGAUGAGCAUGGAUGAUACUCAGUUUCUGAAUUUUGAAAGAUCCAAAGACAGUAAUUCAGCUGAAGAAAAUGACCCUGAUGAUAGCGAAGAUGAAGAUGACCAAGAAUCCGAGGACAGUGGCACUUAUACUGACACUGUAGAUAGAGGAAAUGUCAAGAGCUUGCAAAUUGAGAAGGAGAUCGCUGAACUGAAAGAAGAUAUCGGUGAAGCAAGUGAUCCACCAGUCUUGGGAAGUAGUGAUCAUCAUGCAGAUCCAGCAGAAAAAAGUUCACCAACUGAUAUGGACGAUUGCAAGAACACAAAUAAUGAAGAAACCUAUAUGCUCGAAGCCUACGAGGAGCUUUCAAAAGCCUGUCCUAUUGAUCAUGGAAUAAGAAGACCGGGAAGUGCAUCGUCACAUAAAAAGUCCCUAAAGAUGGCAUUCUGUCCCAAGGAAGUAAAGAAAAUGCUAGGAUCAAAAGAACUUUCACUGGAAAAUGCUCAAUCUCAUACUAUGAGAAAAAUCUUAGUUUUCGCACCUCUUGGUAUAAGGCACGGGAGUGAAGACAUGUAUGAACUAGACUUCAAUCAUUUCAGCAUUUUACACAAGGGAGAACCAUAUAUAGAUUCAAAAAGUCCAGGGGAGCAUGUAUUAUACGAUAACCCUGGAUUUCGGAGGAAGAUAUUAUAUCCCAACAGACACAACCCAACCUUGUGUCCUGUUAAAAUACUUGAAGAGGAGAAGUUCAUGCGUCCCUCGGAUGCCACCUGCCCGUCAUGCUUAUUCCUAUGCAUCAAGUAUGGAGGAAGGACAAGAAAUCUUCCUCAAAAUGAAUAUGUCCGGCAGAGAAUGGGAAGAAACAAACUGAAAUCUUUUGGUCCGGUAAUAUGUCGGGUGGCAAUGCUGAUCCAUAUUCGCAGCGGAAGCUUCUUCUUUAAGGCCUUAGGAAUUACACUUCUCUUCAUGGCUGGCUUUCCUAAUGACCUGGUUCAAAGAGAAACCAACUAUAAGAACUUGGACCUCUUACAGAAGUAUUACAGGACAGAUGAGGAUGCAGAAAGGGAGGAGUUAUUUCUAUCACAUUCUGAGACUGAUGCUAUUAAUACUAGUCCCAAUUCACAGCAGGGGAAAAAAGCAUUGACAAAAUCAUCGAAAAGCAAGAGAGAAGCAAUCUCUAAGAGCAAAACUUCAGAGAAAGCUACAACUAUACAUUCUGAACCUUCAUGUUCUGCCCCACCUCCAGCACCAUUUGGACUAAUGGGCUACGCCUCGUCUCCAAGUCAGAUGACUAUACCAAUACCAUCACCUCAAGCACCAGCAGAUACGCGAAAACUUGUAAUGGCUAAUACCGUGCCCAAUAUUCACUACCAUAACCAAUGUACAUAUCCUGUUUUCCCAAUGUAUCCACCAAAUUCUGUCACACCUUUUGUAUAUUGGCCUCAACCUAAUGCGUUCGCUCCAUUUCCUUACCCCUCUUCUUAUAGAUAUAUUGCACCUGGAAGCUGCAUUACAUUACCUCCAUAUUCUUCUUACUAUAAUCCUUUGAUCCCACAAACUUUAGGGACUGAUGAGAAGCAAAAUGGAGCAUUAGAUGAGGCUAAAAGGGAGUCAAACAGUAGUUCAAGCAGUACAGAUUCAAGAGAGAAGUAAACAGGACUUCUAGUUUUCUACUUCUAUAUUGAGA